GGAAGGCAAGACGACUGGUCGAUCCCCGGUAUGCAGAGAAGGCUACAACGCUGAGGAUUUCGCGUCCGACUGGGAUGCUCUGUCGGACUUGGCUCGAUCAACAAUAAAGAUGACUCUAUCUGUCGACCUCUCGAUUCGAUACAGCGAUGUCAAACCAGCUUCAAAACUUUUCUCUACAAUAGUUGAUGCCUACGAAAAGAACACUAGGGCUCGUCGUGUUCAACUCGAGGACAACUUCUGGUCAGCUCGACAUGACCCCAACGCACCGAUAGCCAAAUGGAUCGCUAGGAUUAGGAAGGCGGCAUCCGACUUGAAUUCCGCCAAGAUAGCCCCAGCCGAUCAGCAAAUAUGUGACCGACUCUUGCGAGGACUCGACGAAUCCUGGAAGACGAUUCGUGAUCAUCUCAUGUAUUCCCCUAAGGAAGUCAGUCUCGAUGAUGCCAUUGGAGCUCUUGAAGCGCACGAGCUCUCCACGACACCUCCGACGGACCAUUUUGGACAUGAAGCCGAUGCUUCGGUCUCAGCUGCGAAAGCCAAACGAUUCGGCUGUCACAACUGCGGUGAACGGGGUCACCAUUCCUCUGGAUGCCCAAAACCAAAGAAGAAACCGUCGACCGCUCAAGCGAAUUCGGUCCAAGCUCGUGCUGGUGCGACGUCGGCAGUCCCGCUUGGCUACUAUGGUCCCGAAGACGACGACGAUGAUAACGAUAGCUUCGAUGAAGAAAUUGAUGUGGUGUGGGGAUAGUGGGUCCGAUUUCCGGACAAAUUUUAAUUCUUAACAAGCACAACUUCGGUGCAAGUUUAUGGCUAAUUCCUCCUGUCCAAUUGAUUUCUGAGUACAAACAUUGUUGUGAUGUUUCCCUUCUCCUUUUGCACAGUGGAUCUCUGGCCUGGUUAAUCCUUAAUUUUCUGUUCCCUGACUGAGAUUUUUUUUACUACUAGUCACAUCAAGUAGAUUUUUUUUUAUCUCUAUUCUUAACACUAGUUUUCAGCAAGGGGGGAUGUUGGGAUGCUUGUACCGUGUAUAUGCUUCUACCUAGUUGUAUUUAGCUCACAUAGUCUCACAUCUUGAUUUCCUCUACUCACUGAAUCUAAACCACAUUUAUCUUGAGUGAUUGCUCCCUUGUCACUAGGUCUGUGAAACUUCAGUCCCACUACCUGAGUUCCCCGCAACA